GUGGGCAGACUAAUUAGAGAUACUCAAUCUAGUACGCCUCACCAAACAGUUUUUUUGCACUCAUGCCUAAGAGACACCAUUAAUGCACGCCUCUCUCUCUCUCCAUCAUUGCAUGCAUGAAGCAGCUAGAUAUUCUGUCUGUGAUCUGAUAUAUGGUACCACUGUAUGUCAUGGUUUAUGUUUCUAGCUCCUUGAUUCAAGUGCGGAUAAAUAGUCGGCUUCUUCAGAUUCAUCAGUCCGCAAAUGGAGUUGCUACUGUAGAGAGGAUCCAAGUUCUCAUGUUGAGAUUGAAGUGCUUCAAACAAUUUAAAUUCAAUCAACCUUUUUGAAUUUCCUGGUAUAUAACCAGAAGAGGAAUGUCCCGGUUCGCCAAAUUAAUUCGGCAAAUACAUUUUUGUCUAACGGAAUAACGUAAUCACAAAGAUGAAGUUUAUGAAACUUGGGACGAGGCCAGACACGUUCUAUACAGAAGAGGCUGCUAGGACAGUGGUUUCAGAUGUUUCCAGUGAUCUCAUCAUAAAAAUCAACAAUAUCACUUACCAUCUCCAUAAGUUGCAGCACCAACUUCUUCCAAAAUGCGGCCUCUUACAAAGAAUUUGCUCAGAUUCUGAAGAUUCCAACAGUGUUACUCUGGAGCUUCAUGAUAUUCCUGGAGGUGAAGAUGCUUUUGAACUUUGUGCUAAGUUUUGCUACGGGAUCACAAUCAAUCUCAGCGCGCACAAUACUGUACCUGCAUUUUGUGCUGCUAAAUUUCUUCGAAUGACUGAAUCAGUUGAGAAAGGAAAUCUUGUGCUAAAACUCGAGGCCUUCUUCAAUUCGUGCAUUCUAGAAGGUUGGAAAGACGUCGUUGUUGCCCUGCAAAGUACUGGGAAGUUACCCGAGUGGUCAGAAAAUCUUGGCAUCACAAGGAGGUGCAUCGACUCGGUCAUUGAAAAAAUACUCACACCACCAACAAAGGUGACAUGGUCCUACACGUACACUAGACCGGGGUAUUCUAGAAAACAGCACCAACUUGCGCCGAAGGAUUGGUGGACAGAAGACGUAUCUGAUCUUGACAUAGACUUGUUCCGAUGCAUUAUUACUGCCGUUAGAUCAGCAAACAUUCUGUCACCACAGCUAAUUGGUGAAGCAUUGCAUGUGUAUGCCAGCCGGUGGCUACCAAACACUUCAAAGAGUCAGCCUCCAGAGAGUUCAGCUUCUCAAACUGAAGAUGUGGAAAAGAAACAGCGAAUCCUCGAGACCAUUGCAAACAUGAUUCCGGGAGAUAGGGAAUCAGUUUCUGUUGGAUUCUUGCUGAGGCUACUUAGCAUAGCGAAUUUUUUGGGGGCGUCUCCAGUAACGAAGGGAGAACUUAUUAGGCGAUCUUGUGUGCAGCUUGAGGAGGCAACAAUGACUGACCUUUUAUUUCCUUCACACUCUUCUUCCGGCGGGCAUUUUUAUGAUGUUGACUUGGUUGGAGGAGUGUUGCAAAGUUUUCUGGUGCAACAGAGAAGGCAACAUACUGGAGAAGAGGGCGGCCAAUCCUUGAGGUUGAUUCGGAAGGUUGGAAAGCUCAUUGACUCGUAUCUUCAAGUCAUCGCAAGAGAUGUCAAUUUGCCAGUAUCUAAAGUGGUGACUCUGGCACAAGCUUUGCCGGAAAUCGCUCGGCCUGACCAUGAUGACCUUUACAAAACAAUUAACAUUUACCUAAAGGCGCAUCCUGAUUUGGCAAAGCCAGAGAAAAAGCAGCUCUGUAGCAUUCUAGAUUGCCAAAAGCUAUCCCCAGAAGUACGUGCCCACGCAGUGAGGAACGAGCGGCUACCCUUGAGAACAGUGGUUCAAGUCCUCUUCUUCGAACAAGAAAGAGGCAGUGGAUCAACAAGUCGUAAACCUCCACCAGUUACUGGAGAUCAGGAAAAUCUAAGCAAGUCGAAAGUGAGCCCAGAUGAAAAGUCCCAUGAAACGCAGGAGGGCACUACAAGAACUAGAAUGCCUAACGUGACCGAGAGAAGUCGUAGUAGGGCAACCAACUCGGAAGUAAAGCUGAUAGGGGAGCCUGAACAAAAUUUGAGCAGAAAAGAAUUAGAACAAAGAGAGAAGGGAAGAAUGACUAUUGGUGAAGAAGGGAUUUCUGGAAGUAAGUUUGAGUUCCCUAGUAGUAGUAACAAGGUCAUGGCACAAAGGAGAACUAACAGCAAAGGUAGAUCCUCCAGAUAGCAUAUGAAGAUGAUCAGUUCAACCUCCCCUAGUUUUUUUUUUUUUGAUCUGCAAAAACGCCUCUCGGGCUAUCUCCUCCCCUAGUUUUCAUGCACUUAAAUUGUAAGUUCGAUUUUUUGGGCCAGAAUUAAGUGAUUCAUGGUGCCACUGCCAGCCAGUGGAUACAGUGUAGUGUACAAAACCUUCGUACUAUAUAGUGAUCAGUACAAAGCUCUUUAAUAAAUGUUGACUUAUGCCCC